AUGUUUUCUUCAAACUGGUUACUGAUUCAUUUUUGCUUAAUCAUAAAUUGUUUACUUGCAAACUCGACUUCCGACGAGAUUUCUUAUUACGUGCCAUCUGAAGGAGGAGGUACGAGUCUCAACAGAGCCACAAUAUCGGGUUUAGGUGAACCUCUGAAUGUUAUCAUCUCUGCAAAAAGCUCACCUGAAAUCCUAACAAAUUCAGGUAUACAAAACUUUGCUAAAUCAAUUGGAUUCUCUCAAGAAUGUUUGGGACUUCAUAGAGGUGAAUUACAGAAAGCUAAUCUAGGUGAUGGAAAUGGGUGGGUAAAUGAGACAAAGCUCUUUCGUCAAGAUUUUGGUGAUCCAUUCCUCGGUAGCUGUUUGGAAACUUUCAUAGGAGGAAACCACUUCCGUUUUUGGCGUCAAAAUGGCACAAAAGCAUCAAGUGGGGCCCUUUUUUUAUCUGUUUCGCAAGAAGAAGAUUUAAAUCAUUCACAUACUAUAGUUCCCAAUGGCUACAAUCUAGGGAGAGACAGAUUAGUAGCUAAUGCUACUACAGGUAACACAGCCUUUGGAAACAGAAAAUAUUUCACUCGGGUAGAAUAUGUAGAUGGUAUGCUCCCUGCAGGUAAUGUAGGAGUAAAUCAUGGUAUAUCACAAGAUGGAAAAGUAGCGGUUCUCACCAUCACAGCUGGACCGCGGUUCCUUCCGAGCAAGAAUCGGGGAAUAUCGAGAUUUACUCAAACGAACUUCAAACCAAUUAAUUUCCUAACACGACUAUCCUUGACACCAUAGUACGCGGAA